AUGCCUAUUUCUGAUGGUAAGGUCACUGCUGCCAUUCAUGAAUUCAUCCUUCUGGGCUUCCAGUGUAGCUGUGAUGUAGAGAUUCUCCUUUUUAUUUUGUUCUCCAUUAUCCACAUCUUGACUUUGUUGGGCAACGGUACUAUUAUCUGUGCUGUGUGGUGGGACCCGCAACUCCAAACCUCUAUGCACACCUUAUUGGCCAAAUUCUCUUUCCUGGAGAUCUGUUACAUCAAUUCCAGUGUCCCCAACAUGCUCUUUAACUUCUUUUCCAAGGCCAAGACCAUCUCCUACAGUGGCUGUAUUCUACAGUUCUACAUCUUCUUCUCACUUUGCGCCACAGAACUUUUCUUCUUGGCUCUCAUGGCAUUUGAUAGGUAUGUCACCAUCAGCUGUCCACUUCACUAUCCCAUCAUAAUGACCAAGAGAAUCUGUGGAACUCUUGUGCUGACCUGUUGGGUGGGUGGUUUCCUCUGGUUAGUGACACCUACCACCCUUGUCUCUGAAAUUCCAUUCUGUGGUUCAAACAUCAUUGAUCACUACCUGUGUGAUUUGGGGGCAUUGCUGGCCAUAUCAUGUGUCCCUGUCACUAAGACAUCUCUGACAUGUAGCACUUUCAGUGCAGUGAUCGUGCUUAUCACUUUGUUCUAUAUCCUUUUGUCCUGUACCCUGGUCCUUCGAGCUGUGGUUCAGGCUCAAAAAAGUUCAGGCGGAAAAAAAUCCUUCUCCACAUGUGCUUCCCAUUUGGCUGUGGUGUCACUAUUUUAUGGCUCAGUUGUGAUGAUGUAUGUAAGCCCAGGGGCUGCCAACCAGCCUGGCCUUCAGAAAUUUGUGUCUAUGUUCUAUUCAAUUGUGACUCCACUUUUAAAUCCUCUGAUCUGCAACCUUAGGAAUAAGGAGAUGAAGGUUGCCUUGAGAAAAGCCAUGUGUAAGGUUUAA